AUGUUACGAGACAUGAGGAGUGCGGGCGCUGGCAGCUCCUCGCACAAGUCGCGCAUACUCCAGGUCCUGGGGAACGCAGUCGCGCUGUUGGUCAUCACCGGGGCGAUCAAACUCAAACCAAGAACAAAAAAGUUGACGUUUUCCGAGCAAAGAACACAAAGAGAAAAAAGCCUCAACAAUGACUGCCAAAAGUUCCAGCUGAACUGUGGGGCUUCAUCCCCAAAAAUAGCUACAAAGUAUGUGUCGCUAGUAGCGAACCGAUCGACGGUGGACGUGGACACAUCACCGGCCCCAACAGAGCCCCCUGGGGCACGGAACCCCGCCCCCGGGGUCUGCCUGCCCGUUAUCGUCAACUUCUGCCAGCAGCAUCGGAUCUCUUACAACUUCACUGUAUUCCCUAAUUACAUUGGUCAUUUUGGACAGAGGGAUGCACAACAAGAUCUAGAAAUAUACGACGCGGUUGUGGACGUGCGAUGCUAUGAACUAACGGCGUUGUUCCUUUGUUCCCUGUUUGUGCCCAAAUGUGGGCCUCUGGGCCACAUGGUGAGGCCUUGUAGGAGCCUAUGUCAAGAAACGAUGCGUCGAUGUGGAUUCUUCUUGGAAGUGUUCGGGUUGUCUAUGCCAGACUAUCUACAGUGUGAGAUAUUCCCGGAGUCCACUGACACUGACGUCUGCCUUGGUAACAGGGAGGUAAAGGAGGCCAGGCUGCGAGCUGCCAAACCAGUGUGUCCCACCGGGUUCCAAUGUGACGUGAAGCGGUGCAUCCCCCACGACUGGCGAUGUGACGGGCACGUGGACUGUGCCGACCGGUCCGACGAGCUGAACUGUCGCGUGUGCAAGCGCAGCGGCGACGUCCACUGCGGGAACCACCAGUGCAUAUCGCAGACUCACAUGUGCGACGGACAUGUCGACUGUCCCUGGGGUCAGGACGAGAGGAAUUGCUUGAGACUAAGCGAGGCAAACGGGGAUGUGGGUCAAGGAGAACUGCAGGUGUACCGAGCGGUUAACCAGUCCUGGUAUCCUGCCUGUCUGUCCAACCUGGAUGACACUACGGCCCUCAAGCUCUGUUCCAUGCUGGGAUACUCAUGGGUCAACAGUAGUGAAGUGAUCCACCCUGGCAAGAAGGCGGGCCCGCGGGCGGGUCGCGUCCAAAUACAGGGGGUGGCACAAUCUUAUCGCACAUUCUUAAGGAACGAGGGAGGGCUGCUGAGAGAGCUCAAGGAUUGCAGACAUGACUCCGCCAGGGUGCACCUCAUAUGCAACAAUUAUGAAUGCGGCAAACGUCGUAAGACGGGGGGUGGAACGAAGCGUAUAGUGGGAGGAGUGGAGGCGUCACCAGGCGAUUGGCCCUUCCUGGCAGCGAUCCUCGGCGGGCCCGAGGAAGUGUUCUACUGCGCAGGAGUCCUAGUCGCCGAUCAGUGGGUGCUCACCGCCUCGCAUUGCGUCGGCAAUCAUUCAGAUGUGAACGGAUGGACGAUCCAACUGGGUAUCACGCGGCGUCGCUCGCACGCGUACUACGGUCAGAAGGUUAAGGUUCGUCGCGUGGUCCCCCACCCGCAGUACAACAUCGGCGUGGCGCACGACAACGACAUCGCCCUGUUCCAGCUGGCCGUGCGCGUGCGGUACCACGAGCAGCUGGCGCCGGUCUGUCUGCCGCCGGCGCGGCGCGCGCUGGCGCCCGGCACGCUGUGCACCGUCAUCGGCUGGGGCAAGCGCGACGACAAGGACAUGUCGGAAUACGAGCCAGCUGUGAACGAGGUGGAGGUGCCGGUGCUGAACCGAGACCUGUGCAACCAGUGGCUGGAGCACCGCGACCUCAACGUCACCGAGGGAAUGAUAUGCGCUGGGUACCCAGAGGGGGGCAAGGAUGCGUGCCAGGGCGACUCGGGCGGGCCGCUGCUGUGCCGGGACCCCGAGCAGCCGUCGCGCUGGUACGUGGGCGGGAUCGUGUCGUGGGGCAUCAAGUGCGCGCACCCGCGGCUGCCGGGCGUGUACGCGUACGUGCCGCGCUACGUGGCCUGGAUCCAGCGCCAGAUCGCGCUCUACAACGACGACGCCGCGCGCUCCGACGACAUCUGA